AUGUUGUUCCAAACAUUGCAUGGAUCUUUUAUAGAAAUUUUCCUUCGUGAAUUGAUCUCCAACUCUUCUGAUGCUUUGGACAAGAUUCGUUAUCAAGCUUUGACUGAUCCAGCCCAGUUGGAGACUGGCAAGGAUCUUUACAUCAAAAUUGUCCCGAACAAGGCCGAUAAAACUUUGACUAUUAUGGAUACUGGAGUCGGAAUGACUAAGGCCGAUCUUGUUAACAAUCUUGGAACAAUUGCAAAGUCUGGAACUAAAGCUUUCAUGGAGGCUCUUCAGGCUGGGGCUGAUAUCAGUAUGAUUGGUCAAUUCGGUGUUGGUUUCUACUCUGCCUUCUUGGUUGCUGACCGCGUCACAGUCACUUCUAAACAUAAUGAUGAUGACUGUCAUCAAUGGGAGUCUUCCGCUGGUGGUUCAUUCAUCAUCCGUAACUGCGUUGAUCCCGAGAUGACUCGCGGAACGAAGAUCACUCUCUACCUUAAAGAGGAUCAGACUGACUAUUUGGAAGAGCGUCGUAUUCGCGAAGUGGUUAAAAAGCACUCCCAAUUUAUUGGAUAUCCGAUAAAGCUCUUGGUUGAGAAGGAACGUGAUAAGGAAAUUUCUGAUGAUGAGGCUGAGGAUGAGAAGAAGGACGAAAAGAAGGAAGAAGUAAAAGAGGAAGAGAAGGAGAUUAAAAAGGAAGAGGGCGAAGAAAAGGAGGGAGAAGAUGAGGAGGAUAAGGACAAGAAGGACGGUGAGAAGAAAAAGAAGACCAAGAAGAUCAAAGAGAAGUACACCGAAGAUGAAGAGCUGAACAAGACAAAGCCUAUUUGGACGCGAAACCCCGAUGAUAUUACUAAUGAGGAAUAUGCUGAAUUCUACAAGAGCUUGUCUAACGAUUGGGAGGACCAUUUGGCUGUUAAGCAUUUGAGCGUUGAAGGACAAUUGGAAUUCCGUGCUCUUUUGUUCGUUCCACAACGUGCUCCUUUUGACAUGUUCGAGAAUAAAAAACAAAAGAAUGCUAUCAAGCUUUAUGUUCGACGUGUCUUCAUUAUGGAGAAUUGCGAAGAAUUGAUGCCUGAAUACCUCAACUUUAUUAAAGGAGUUGUUGACUCUGAGGACCUUCCUCUCAACAUUUCUCGUGAAAUGCUUCAACAAUCCAAAAUUCUUAAAGUAAUUCGAAAGAAUUUGGUCAAGAAGUGUAUCGAACUUUUUGAUGAAAUUGCUGAAGACAAGGACAACUUUAAGAAAUUUUAUGAGCAAUUCAGCAAGAAUCUUAAGGUUUUUUAA